AUGACAAUUUGUAUGCUGUCAAUGGCAAAUCUUGGGAGUACCAGUGCUUACAGUUGUAUAGCACCCUUUUAUUCAAAUGAGGCGAAAAUCAAAGGUUUAAGAAGUUUCGAGAUAGGUAUAGUAUUUGGUGUCUUUGAACUGAUAAUGUUUUUCGUCGCACCGAUAUUCGGCAAAUAUAUGAUUUUAGUUGGUUCAAAGAGAAUGUUCGUUUCUGGAAUCGGAGUAACUGGCAUCACUGUUGUACUCUUUGGAUUCCUAAAUUACAUUGAAUCGUCAUCAUUAUUUUAUUGGUCCUCGAUUGGUCUUCGCAUAUUGGAAGCCCUCGGUGAUGCAGCUUUUGUCACGUCGUCAUUUGCAAUUGGUGCUAAAUGUUUUCCGGGACGAAUUGCAGUUGUUGUCGGUGUAUUGGAAACAUUCGUAGGCCUUGGCAGUACAGUAGGCCCUCUAUUCGGUGGUAUACUGUAUGAAAUUGGUGGUUUCCAAUUGCCAUUCAUUGUAUUAGGAAUUAUUUUACUCUUACUUGGAUUACUAGCAUAUUUUCUGGUCGAAAAUAUGGAUGAUGAUGUGAUGCUGGAUGGUAAAGAUAUGUUAGGCAUGUUGAAGAUACCAGUAUUAUGGAUUAUGAUACAUGCGGUGAUCAUAUGUGCCGUAUCAUUGUCUUUUCUCGAUCCAACAUUAGCAGAUCAUUUAGAAUCGUUCAAACUUUCACCAUCCAUUAUUGGCUUAAUGUUCUUAUUAUCUGGUGGAAUUUAUACGAUAACAGCACCUUUCUGGAGUAUACUUAUCGAUAAAUUUAACUGUAGCAAAACGAUUAUAAUGUUUGGUAUUGUGGCAGUUGUAAUUAGCAUGAGUGUCAUUGGACCAUCACCUUUUUUAAAUGUCGAGAAAAACUUGGGCUGGAUAGAAGUUGCGUUAGGCAUACUUGGUAUUGCUGCUAGUGCUUUGUACAUUCCAACUUUCCAAAUAUCAAUUAAUGCACUACGCGAAUAUGGGUACAAUGAAUCGCUGCAAACAUACGGUUGUUUAUCAGGUUUAUUUCAAUCUGCCUAUUCCUUCGGAUCGUUUUUUGGACCGACAGUUGGUGGUCUAUGUGUCCAGUGGAUUGGUUUCCCGUGGACAACAACUAUCAUAGCUUUAUUGAAUAUUAUCUUUAUUGUCGCAAUUUCAUUUUUCUAUGCAACAUAUGGCAGGUUCGGCUUUUACAAUCGACAGAAAUCCGAUCACAACCACUAAUUUCAUUUUCACAUUUGUCACCUGAUUGUUAUGAAUGAUGUCAUAUACCAUAUACAUAUUAUGCA